AUGGUUGGUAUGAGCAACUUUGUCCUCAAUUCUUCCACCCUGGAGCACAUUGGUGUAAAUCGUGGCGUUAAUGCCGAUCCGGAGCAGCCUGCACGCGAUCCGGAUCGACAGGCCCUGCUAGAUGAACUGCUGGCAACGGUGCGUCAAUGCCAGAAUCAGUACGGUAGCCACAGGCAGCUAGCGACUGAAGAGGACUCACUAAUUAGCAAGCUGUGCGACGUGUGGGAACGGGUGCUUUCACACGGGCUUCGUACCACUGCCUGGAUCCCAUUUAACAUACUCGAAUAUUUUGGCCCACCGGAAGGAAGACCCCCGGUAGAACGUCCCUGCUUUUGGGACUUUGCCUCCAAUCAUCUGACACGGGACGAACGAGAGCGUUACUGCGGUCUGGCGCACAUCGUCACGCGGCGUGGCCGUGCACGUGCACUAUUACGUGCCGUCCUCAACGAACACGCACUCGAACGGUAUGUGCUGAUGUGGCUGAGCGAUGCAGAACUGCUGGAAACACACUACGAACCGUGGGCAAUGUUACGGCAGGCCGAAAUACAAUCAAUUCUGCCGAAUGUGGCCGCCGGCUUAGGUACAAUUCUGUUUGCGAUCGUAAUCGAUCGGCCAGAAUUGAACCGCAUCGGCACGGGACGUGCCGUGCUCGAACCGAAACCGGAACCGAUCAUCGCCACCCGGCGGCCCGUCGGUCCGGCACGCAAGGUGAAUGCGGUUCAACGGGAAAUACUUGAGGAUUCGGUACCGCGACAGCUAACUCCUCCGAACACUACGGCGCGGAGGUCAAUUGAGCCAAAGGUAACAUCGACCCCGAACGACACCACCACCUCCGAUACCAUUAAAACUCCACGGGAAGAAGUACCGUACAUGGUAACGGAGGCGCUUCCCGGUAUCCCAAACGAACUACGGGAAAAAGUGGGCUCUGACACUACGACCGUUGACGUAGCGGAAGAUAGUAUUCUUAACUACUCCUCGGCCAGUGCAACAACCAGCUCCAUCUCAACUUCCGGGAGUUCGUUUUACGGAGAUGGCCGGGGUACCGAGGAAGAUGCUGGAUCUGAUGUUGUCUUUCGGAAUCGUACCCGUUCGGGAUCGCUGAUGUUGUACAGCGAACAUAAUGUAGUUUCACAUGAUCACCACAGCAGCGCAGUGGACGAGCAGAUAAAACGAAGAAAUCAAGAGCUUGAGGAGCGGUGUCACUUGUUAGAGUCACGAGUUGCUGCCCUGAGUCUCGAAAACCAUCGGCUGCGUAUGUUAACCAGAUCCAACCGGCUUUCGGUGGCAUUCUUCAGCUUUAGCAUCCCGAAGGCAAUACAGCGUACCUCUGAUAGCGGGCGGUCCCGUCGACCUUAUCACGUGUACGAAAUACGCAUCACACCGUCCGGUGUAAGCGGUUCGACGAUGGGCAACGAAAGUUGGUGCGUGUACCGACGUUACAACGAAUUUUACCGACUGCAUCGGCGUCUGCAGAAACAGUAUCCCACCGUUAAAACGCUUGACUUUCCACCGAAAAAGAAGUUCGGCAAUAUGAAUGCCGACCUCGUUGAGCAACGGCGUCAGCGGUUACAGGUAUAUUUGAAUGGGCUGUUUGUAUCCGCCCUGCCGGAGGUGCUGUCGUGCAAUACACGGGUGCAGCUGGAGCAAACAUUUCCCUUUCUAACUGACCAUUCAGUUCCGGCGGCCACAGCAGCAGGGAGCACCUGA